AUGUCUCUCGUCCGUGGCGAUACCGUGGAUUACGCAAAGACCCAAUAUAUAACACUCACUCCAUCCUCGGAAUCCUUUGCCCAGUUACCCCUGGAGCUCGUGGAAGCAAUUGCCCUUUUACUCGAUAUGGCCACGCUCUGCGCUUUGCGAGCCACAUGCAGGUUCCUUGCCCGAUACACACACUACUACUUUGUGAAUAACUAUCUGCACACAGCAUCAAUCGACUUCUCCAAAGCCGCGCUCGACCGAGUCCGGCGACUAGCACGGCACCCCGAGUCUGCUGCCAUGAUCACCACCCUGGUCGUCAAGCCUGUGGAUCGCAAAUGCGAAAGGUCUGGUUUUGGAGCCGGGAUUGACUGGAAGCGCCGCCAGGAUGGAGCCAUAGAUCUCACCCAGGACGCGUCCGCUAGUGGGUCGAUGCACUCCGGUGCCUGGUAA